AAUUGCCCCACGGGCAACCUCGAAGCCUUCUCCGUUACGUACAACGACCGGGACUGCGCUUCCCGCCCCUGGGCACUGUGUCGCUGCACAGACUCCAAUGUCAGCCGCGACCAGAUGGCCAGGGACUUUGGAAGAGUCCCUCCCGGGAUCCGUAGCCGCGUUGUUCACGCCAUGAGCAUUCGGGAGAACCAAGCGAGCGCUGGUUCAGCCGAUGAUCGCAUCUUGUUCCGCGGCCUUGUGAAACCCGCUGUUUAUCUGCAUGAGGCUAUGCACAGCGCCGACCAGAACUUUCACUCUAGCACUGAGUUCACGAAUGCCUAUAACAGCGACACCUGCGUCCCCGACAACUACGCAAACUCAAGUCCCGCCGAGGACUUUGCCCAGCUC